UCGACAUAAUUUCACACUAUCAACAACAAAGAAGAAUUCGAGGGCUCACUUUGUAAACAUAAAUACAAACAUUUUGACCAUAAAAAAUAGUGAAACAACAUGGAUAACAUCGUCGAUAGUAAAGUUGAAAAAGUCGACUCGCCAGAAGAAGACAAAUUGACGGAAUUUUAUAGAAAAGUGAGAAAAUAUGGUUGCUACGAGUGUGCGUUCGACCCCGAUCAUUCAUUGAUACAUGACUGUUUUGUCGUCGGUCUCGGAUUGAUGAGUUGGAUAGCAGAACAAGAUGCCCUACACUACCCAUCAAGUUCACCAAUGUAUUCCGAGGAAAGUUUUGAAGGUCUUCAUUUAAAGUCGAUAGUUUUGGAUACAUUAUACGAGAGACGUGUCAACAAACCGACUAAGAUCCAGGGUAUAGCAUUGCCAGCAAUGCUUGCUGAUCCACCACGGGAUGUGCUCGUCCAAGGUCCAUCGGGUGCAGGCAAAACAAUUGCUCUGGUUAUUGCAAUGUUAAAUCGCAUCGAUGAAAAGAAGAAUGGGACGCAGAUAUUAUGCUUGGUACCGACACUCCUCGCAGCGCAGAGAUUAUCGCGUACUAUAGCACUGUACUUAAGCCAUGCAAAUUUCUACGCAAUUCUCACUGGAGGUGAAAUUGAGAGUAACCACGGUAACCACGUUGAGAGCAUAGCUGCCCAUGUAGCGGUUGGUACGGUUGAGAGCAUGCUCGACUGGUUAGAUAAGUUGUCAAUUGAUUUGGCUAACAUAAGUAUGUUGAUGAUUGAUGAUGCUGAUUAUUUGAUGAAAUCAGAAGAAUGUUGGGCAGAUUGUAAAAAGCUUGCAAAAUUACUGCCGACAACAUGCCAAAUGGUGCUCUGUUCAACAACAUUCGAUCAAUCGUCCAUAGAACUGGCCAGCGAUAUGAUGAAAGCCCCGGAUAUAAUUCUAUCGUCACCCACGUCUCAAUGUUUGAAAACUGUCAAGCAGUACUACAUCGAAAGUACAAGUAAAGAGGACAAAUAUCACGCAAUUGGCAAACUAUAUGAUUGCCUUUUACGUAAGCGAGAUGACGGCAAGACUAAUCGCAAUAAAGUCAUCAUCUUCUGCAAUGAACGUGAAACAGCUGAGUGGUUAUACAAAAUGAUGGAAACUGAUGAUCGAUACUUCGUUACCGAUCAUAGAUAUAACGUUCAAUAUUUCAAAGUUUCUCUCGUAACGGAAGAUUUGAAAUAUGAAACGGAUUGUAAUCAUCUUUUGAUUGGUAUGGACGGAGGCAGCAAAUACACAAAGUUACUGGGCCCAUUCAAUGAAUUAAACGCAUUUUGUUGUUCUAAUAAUACAAAUGUGUUGAUAACAACUGAUAUCUUAUCGCGUGCUAUUGAAACAUAUAAUCAUGAUAGAUGCACCGUAGUAAAUUUCGAACUGGCGGUCAAUCAAUUCGGUGAAGCCGAUUUCGAAACUUACGUUCAUCGAAUAGGUCGAACGGGCCGUUUUGAUAACGAAGGUAGAGCAAUCAGCCUGGUUGACUCGGAGCAAUCGAGGAGAGUUUGUACAGCGAUCGAAGAAUAUUUUGGAAAAGAAAUCCAUCCCUUGGAUGUAAACGAUCCAAAUGAAAUUAAUUUGAAGUUAUGUUCGUAAAAACCUUUGAGGACUCAUUUUGUAGUGAUGAAUGGAAUUGAGUUCGUCAUAAGCACAUAGCAUAAUUUACAGUGCAGGUCGAUUUGAACCGGAAUAUCGAUUAGUCUAGAAACCUUUACAGGGUAAAGGUGACGCAGGUCAUUGUGUUUUUAAUUACAAAGUAAAUGAUAUCGCUGAGGGUGACCUAUUCUGCGCCUGAAUAUGUAACAACAAAAAUUUCAGAAUUUUGUUAAAAACCCAAAAGCGAAAUUGCGUCACAAGUAGUAGAUGGUUUGGCUCUCUUCAGGCAACACUCUUCAGUGCGUUGUUUCAGAACAUGUUGUUCCCUAUGUUAAAAAUAUUUUUAGCAGUAGUUUCCUCAACAUCUGCCACUUGUGACGCAAUUUUUUCUUUCGGGUGACAUUUUUGUUGUUAAUGCGUCACCCUUAACGUUAUCAGUAUUUUAAGACAGAAGGACUUGCGUCAUCCUUACUUUUUGAGGGUUAGUUAAGUAAGUUAAGGCCCAAGAACUUGAUUAUGUUGACUUUAUACAAAGCUAUGUACUGAUACUGACUUUAUACAGACAUACUUAGAGCAAAAGGAAAGUGACCAUCGGCACGAACUCACCAGAAUAUUUGUAACAGAAUUGGAAUCAAAACUUUUCGAACAUUAGUUAUUUGCAUCACUUGGAUUGAAACCACGAAAUUACAGUAUACUGUGAUUGAGUGGUUUCAAUCCUGUGAUGCACACAAUUUUACACUCGUCACACAAACAAUAAAACCAAAUACAAAGCAUUAUUUCUAUCGCAUUUGCACACAUCGUUCAAUUCAAGGUUAAACUUAAAUGUAUAGAAGACGAAUAAGAAUAAAAACGAAACCGAAAAUAAUAAGCGAAUAUAAGCGAUACAAAGCCGAACGAGUCGAUCGUUCGAUGUUCAUUAUAAUACGGAGAGUAAGCUCCGCUUUUGUUUUCAUUUAAAAUCAAAUUUCUCUCUUUAGCGAAUAACAUAAAUAACCACAGGAAAUGCCACUAUUAAGUAAAACAUUGCUCACAUCUCUAGACCUGUUUACAAGGUCUGCUGAGAGAGUAGUAAAAAAGUGUGGUUUCCGAUAACUUUUGGCGCAUGGUGAGGCGAGUGUAAAAUCAUUUACAUCACAAGAACAAAGUCCGAAUAGUCAUUUUUCCCUGUGAUGUAUUGAGUUUUGUAUGCUUGCUAAGGAAACCGAAAAUAAGAACUGUCAAUUCGAGGGGCGAUAUUUUACCUUAUAUAAGUAACCUUAUACGAAGUGUUCAUAGUAUAAUUAAUUCGUAGUAGUUGAUAGAAAAUUGUCACCGAUGUAGUAAAUAAAAGCU